GUGGGAAGUCCACGCAAUGACACUCGUCAGUGACUUACGGAUGCCCGUGUGGACACUCUCAUGAUUGUCAGCUCCUCGAUAGCGACUCGUCCUGCUCGGGAGUCGUGAACCGCGGCGAGGCGACGUGUCUCCGGAUUUCAGCCCAAACUUCCAGCGAGACGAGCCGCGCUUUGCUAGCUUGAGGCACCGCCGCGGUGGGCGAGAGACUCCCGUGCGCCCUCCCCCCUCCUCCUUCCGCUCUCCACUCCAGCGACCAGGGAAGCGACUGUGGCUGCUCCGCGAGCCGGCUGAGCGAACGCUGUUGGCGGCUUUCACCCCCGGGGAAUGUCGGCCCGUGACGUCGGCCUCCUCUUCCUCCUCGGGUGUCGCACAGCAGCCAGAUGGGGUCUGAGUGCGUCCACUGAAGCAUGAAGCAGGACAGCAGCAAUGGCGAUGUCAGGCCUCACCUGCAAACCUGAGUGUGUUUACAAUAAUUGACAGUGUUGCCUAAUCGCAAUGUGAGCUCCGGCCGAGGUCUUCUCCACACCGCUCCUCAGCCUAGCUCAGCAACCAAUCAAAUGCACACGGACAAUAAACUGGCCAAUCAUGGCAAGCAAGUCACCGGUGACGCAAGAGCUCAAAUGGCUGCCGUAAACCUGCAGGCUCAACAGCCGCAGCAGCAGGGAGCCUCUGGUCACCUGGCCCCCAAGAGCCGCCAAAGUGCCGGGGGCCAUGGAAUUAACAAGAGCACCCCAGGGCUGAAGGCCGCCGGCCAAUCGUCGAGCAUCGUUGGAGGGAUGCUCAAAACCAAAAGCAAACGGGAGAGGAGCGUGUCUGUGGACUCUGGUGAACCAAGACACACUGCUACUAAAACCAUGGAGGAUGAUGCCAAAGCAGAGGGUGUCACGCGCAGUAAGCGCAGAUGUGUUCUGGAGAAGAAGCAGCCAUACAGUGGAGAUGAGUGGUGCUCUGGACCAGACACGGAGGACGACGACGACAAGCCAUGCUCGACGACUCAACGUGAGCGAGGUCUGCCAGGACCCAGGCAGGGACAACCUGAUCAUCCACCUGCGGAGGCUGCCGCGUCUGAGCCUGUAAUGGCUUGUGCACCAGGACCUGGACUGAAGCCUGGACCGCCUUUGCCUCAGUCCAAGCAGCAGCUGUUGUAUGUAUUCACAACCAACAUGGCCAACAGUGCUGCGGAGGCAGUAAUGAAAGGAAAGAUGGAUUCCAUUCUUCAGUUUCACCAGCAAAAUGUCCCACGAAUUAAGUUAGAGCAGGGCCACGCACUGGUGAGGAUCACUGAGAAGGUGAAUUCCAGUGCCUCUCCGCCCACAGCCACCCCUAAAUCCAAAAGUGGAACGCCACAGCCCAACUCGGCAGGAGGCGUUGUCUCCUCACUUGCAGUGAAAACGCCAAUGUCAGCGGGUCACUCUGACAAUGACUCCCCUCGGACCAGACAUGGUGGCCUCUCCAGUAGUAACUGCAUUCUCUCCCAUAGGCCAGAGGGAGAUGGCAGAGCCACACCUUCAGGCCCUGGCUCGGGAACUGUACACUGUGAGGGUCUUCCCGUUGCUAGUCUCUCUCCAUCGGGGAGUCCUUCCAUUCUGUCUGCACAUUUACAGAGUGACACAGGACAGAGAAGUGGCCCCGGGAAUGAAGGCGGUCUUUCCAAGGAGCAGCUGGAACACAGGGAGCGUUCUUUGCAGACUCUGAGGGACAUCGAGAGACUAUUUCUACGUACUGGAGUAAGAGGGGGCCCUCAUGGUGACACGGGGGGCUCCAACAGUAACCUUACAAAUAAUGCUCCCAGCAUCAUAAAUAACAGUAGUAGGGAUCGAGAUGCUAUUCUUGAGGAUGGCAAUAACGGUACAAACACGGGGGAUGGCAGUAGCGAUAACAUGGUGCUGUCAGCGUUGGCCUCUCUGGGAACCAUGAAGAAAUUUGAAGAACCACUGCAGUCCAUAAUUUCUCAAACAGAGUCGCUCGGCACUGCCACUCACAGCCCUGAAAUGGACUCUCUCCAUAAUCUUCCCCAGCACCCUCAUCCUCAGCUGUCUUCACCUGGCUUAGACAUCGGCCCCUUACUUGGAACGGAGGGGCUAACCCAAGAACAAGUUGCGUGGCGGAAACUCCAGGAAGAGUACUACCUGGAGAAGAGGAGGCAACAGGAAAUACAAAAUCCCCAGCACUUUAGGAUGAUGACAGAGAUGGGCUUGCAUGGAGGUCCUAUGAUCAUCAGGGGACCGCCUCCCCCAUAUCACAGCAAGCCUGGAGAUCAACAGUGGGUUUCUGGAAAUAUGAUGGGAGGAGGAAUUCCUGGAAAUGUACGAAUGACGGACAUGCACCAAGAAGGACCCGGAUGUCCACAAUUCCUUCCACAUGUGCAGAGAGGGCCACCAGGUGGAGCAGGGUUUCCUGGCAGUCCUGGGGGGCUGUUAUCUGUCGAUGGUCUAGGACACCAAAGGCCUACCAGGCCAGGGAUUUGGCUGGACAAUAUGCCCAACAACAUGGAUGGUGGAGGUUCAUUCCAUGGUUGCUACCCUCCUCAACACUUGCAGGAAAAAACAGAACAUCUUUUAACCCGUGAGGAAUUGUUUCGCAUCACGGAGAAGCGGCAGAUGCAAGGUCUUCCUCGGUUUGAACUCGAUCGGAUUAUUGCGCAGCAGCAACAGGGCAAUAUGGGCUCGAGAAUUAUAGAAAAUCCCGGGGGCCCAGACUUCUCCAAUUUUGGUACUAUGGGCAGGGGUCCACCUUCCAAUCAAGGGGAUCAUAUGGACUUUCCUGGUUCACGGGAUAUGAUGGGCUCUCCUGGAGGGGGACCUCAGAUUCGAGAUUUAAUGGACUCCCCUCUGGCGAGCAACCUUUCAAUCAACAUUAACCCACAGUUGAAUAUUCAGCAGCAGCAUAUGACUCUGUCACAAAAGCUCAGAAGGGACCCAGGAAGAGCAGGGCCUUUAAGUGAGUUUUUCAGUCCUGGAGUGAUAGCAAGAAUACGAGCAUCACAAAAUGAAAGAAGAAAUAUGGGAAUGGUCUCGGGACCUGAUGGACCCUUUCGUUUUCCAACACAAGGCCCUUUUUCUGGUGGACCAGGUGAAGGGCCUUAUCCUCAGCAGCCUGGCCCUGAGAUGUUCGGGCCUGAGCAGGAGGGUCAUAAUCAGAUAGGAGUUACGUCACGACUUAGUCAUAUGCCAAUCACUGGAGACCUCAGAGGAAUGGGUCCUGGUCCUCGGCAUCCUAGCGACCUGUCAGUCAAUGUUCAGUCACUGACUUCUCCUACGGUCCAGCAUCCUCAUCGUCUUAAUUCGCCAUCCCUUCACCGAGAGCCAUCCGCUCAUCUUACCUCUCCGUCUGCUCCAGGGCAGAAGUCUCCUUCGAUUAUCGCCCCUGAAGGCCCUCACCCCCCCCUCCGCCCUGCUUCUGGCGCAGGGACGCCAUGCUCUUCCUCCAUGAAAUCACCUCAGAUAAUGGGUUCUUCUAACCACGACUUGCACUCCCCGUCUCUCUCACCUGGACGACUUAAGUCUCCAGCUAUGGCUAUGGGCUCUCCUGCGUGGAUGUCUCCAAAAAGAGAUCCUUCAAGUCCAGGUGGCCCAAACAGUGUGAGGGCUGCAGGCAACGGAGGAAGUCAUCCUGAGACAGGGCGGUCACUACCCCCUAGAAGUUCCAACUCCACCCCAAGUAGCCAACCAGGCUUGACAAAUCCUAGUAUGACAUUUACAUCAUCGCCCGAUGCUCCACAAACACAGAAUCCUUUGUCGCUGAUCAUGUCUCAGAUGUCCAAGUACGCCCUGCCCAGUUCUACUCCCCUUUACCACGACGCAAUCAAGACAAUUGCGACUUCUGAUGAUGAGAUGUUGCCAGAUCGACCUCUUCUGCCUGGCGUCAGCAUUGGAGGAAACAUUGGGAACCUUCCGACAUCCCAGAUCUUGGUCUCCCAGAGUUCCAUCGGUGCCAAGAGUGAUUCCCAGAGCCCCGUGCAAAUCCCAAGCCAAGGUCAGCAACAACUAUCCCACGAUCCCUCGGAACCUGUGCUGUCUUCCCCAAACGCAAUGGGCCUUCCUCUUAUGAGUUCCACCAUGAUGGGAGGAGGAAGUGAUGACCUUGGUCCUUGCAAUAUUUCACCGAUGUCUCAAAACCAGAUGGCGGCUUUCCCUCGCAUGCAGCCUUCGUCUCACAGCCAUAUGCGCUCACCCAUUGGCAGAAUGUCACAUCACUUCUCUCAGUCCGGAGAGGACAUUCUCUCACCUCAGCAGCUGCACCUGCUCGGGAAAGACCCCCACCAACGACACCCUCAUCCCUCAGAUUCCUUUCCGCCUCUUCCCAUGGGAGAUGGCCCAGAUCUGAGCGAAGUAAUACGGCCCACCCACUCUGGGAUCCCCGAGUUUGACCUGUCCCGCAUCAUUCCUUCUGAUAAGCCCAGCAGCACUCUGCAGUAUUUCCCCAAGAGUGAACCACACCAGAAUCCAAACCAGGGGCCUGUGUCACAGCAGCCACCUCCCCAGCAGCUCCUCAAACACUUGUCGUCCUCUUGUCCUCCACACAUAUCAAUAUCCAACCCCCACUUGGCCAAUUUACAGAACAUGAUGGCCGAGCAGCAACUGCCGCCUAACCAGGGGCACAGCGGACUCGGCCAAAGCAUGGCCAUUCUCCAGGGAAAUGCCAGGGGAAUGGUGCUCGGCACAGGCAUUGGCCCCAUGUGCCCUUCUGGGCACAUGUUUGCAAGGACAGGCAUGGUUCCACAGCAACAGCAAGCCAUGAUGGCCAACAGUCUUCUCCACCAUCCCUCCGGUCCGUACCCGGGAAUGAUGUCACCUCAGCAGCAACAGCACAAUUUGAUAGCGCGGCAGAACAUGAUGAUGAUGCAGGGCAAGCAACGCAAUAUGCCCAUUCCGGGAGACCCCUUCAGCCCCCAGGGUGCUUUAAUGUCCCCUCAGGGUCCCAUGAUGGCUCCAUCCCACGCACAGACUGGAUUGAUAGGACCCCAGACCCUCAGACAGCGGGGGAUGUCUCUGGACAGCCCCAUUGGCUACAGUCCUGGCAGUAUGGCCAACAUGCCUUUUUGAUCCACCGGACGCAGCCUGUACAAGUGUCUCGUUUACAUUACCACUGUAAUCCGUGUAUCAUUCAUUCUUUCCAUUUUAAUUGGCAUAUGAAACUCAACGAAAAUAACUAACAAAAAAGUGACUCGUUAUUUUAGUUUUUUUUUUUUAAUCUAACAGAAAAAGUGGGGGGGGAAAAAACAAACAGAUUUUUCAUAAUUCAAUUUUAUACUGAUCAAAAAUACAACAUUGAAAAAUGACCCACAUGAGUGUUUCAUUUUUGAGUUCAGCACUGUUUCCUCUCACAUUCCAAAAACAUCCUUGGCAAUUGAAGACUCUAAAAUGUCCAUAGGUGUGAGUGUGAAUGGUUGUCUCAAUGUGCCCUUCGGAUUGUCUGGCGACCAGUUCAGGGUAUACCUCGCCUCUCGCCCAAAGUCAGCUAGGAUAUGCUCCUAGUGAGAAUCAGCGGUGUAGAUGGAUAAAUGGAUGGAUGGAUGGUUUAUGUGCCCGGAAAGUCAAACAAGCAUUAUGAAAGGCACGUUGGCUUGUUAGCCGCCGCAGUCAGUCAAUUGAAACCUACUACUUACAAAAAGUUAAGGAUAUUGGGUUUUUGGUGAAAUUUCAGGAUAAACCUAAAUUGCAGUACUGUGGAUCUAUGUUUCGGCAGCCGCGGAUUCACCUAUUUCCAGAUUUUGUUUUCAAUUUUCAAAUGUUUCUUUUUUUUUGGAGGGAGGGCCCCCCCCCCCCCCCCCCCCCUCCCUCCAAAACCUCCCUCCAAACCCUCAAAACCUCAAAAACGCUUAUUGGUGUUUUAUCCAUGAUUAUUCAAUAAUUUUUGGGGUUAAAAACAAGUUUGUUUGUUUUUUUUCCCCCCAAUGCAGUAAUAAUGGCUAUCAUGAAUGUGAGUGUGAAUGGUUGUGUGUUUAUAUCUGCCCUGCGAUUGGCUGGCGACCAUUUCAGUUCAGGCUAGUUACCACAUUCCCAACUAACCCGAACCCUAUUUCAAUCAUAUUCUGUCUUGUGGCCCAUUUUUCCAUUUUAUAUUUUUGAACCAACCCUAAAAUUUGAAUGUGAAAAAUCAGGGUGGUUGUUUGUUUUUUAUUUUUUGCAUAUUUUUGUCACAAAACAAAAUAAUCAGUCACUUUUGAUUUUUGAUUGCCAUUUGAAAAUGAAAAGAACAAAUUAUGCAGGGAUUAGGGUUUCCAUGCAUUUUUAUUUUAUUUUAUUUUUUUUAAUUCUUGCUUGUCUUUUUUGGGAGAAGAGAAAUUAGAAACAUCAGUAACAAGCAUCCCGUGACAGAUUGCUACUGAUUUAUACAUUGAAAUAUUUAAGAGCACUGUAAAAUGGUUAUAUCAAAAAUCUGGAGUGCUUUCCAAAUACACACACACACACACACACACACACACAUACAUACAUAUUUCCAAGAUGUGUUUGUCGGGAAUCACAUGGCAGUUCAGAGUGGUGCCUAGAAUUUAUAUUUGUUUUUCCUUGAUUUUAUUUCUCCUGCUACCAAAACUGUUGCGUAAAGGAAUUAUAUAUAAAAAAAUAAUAAUAUAUACCUGCUGUACAUAGGAUGCAAUUUGUGAUUGUUUGCACUCUCAUUCUGUAUAACUGUGUUUUAAUAGAAGUCUAAAAGAAAUGGAAGCGUGAUAAUCUCUAUGGUGGGUUUUACUUGGGACGGAGAGUGCUGUUUGAUGAACACAGACGAAGGGACACGGUUGCAGUCAAAUAAAUGAAAGCCUUAAAAACU